AUGAGCAGGCAACAGGGCACAAGAGAGCAGCAGCCACGGAGCUACAGCUGUGGCUUCAUGGCCAGCUUCACCUGGCCGCCGAGGUCCUACACCUGCAGCUUCUGCGUAAGGGAGUUCAGGUCUGCGCAGGCCCUCGGGGGGCACAUGAAUGUCCACCGGAGAGACAGGGCCAGGCUCAGGCACGGCUCCCCUCAUCCUCUUCUUUCUCCUCCGGCGGCGGCUGCUGCUGCUGCAAGAGUGGCUAGCCCUAGGGCACCGGUGCCAAUGACGACUCCUAUUCCCAACCUCAACUAUCCGCCACCGCCGCCACAGUACCAUCGUCAUCAUCGCCCCAACUGCAGCAGCAGCAAGAAGCAGCAUGAUCGUGAUGAUAAGAGCUCAUCGAUGGCGGCGGUGAGCUUGGAGUUGGGGGUUGGGGUGGUGUGCAACUGCAGCACCGCAGCCACUACGACUACUACUACUCCAGGUGGCACGGAGGAUGACGGUCUCGACCUUGAGCUUAGGCUCGGCGUCUCUUGA